AUGCCCAAGAGGAGUUCGUGGACUGCCGGGACGAGAAGUUUCAACAGUCUUUUACAGCGGUCUCCGGCAGUGACAAGCAGUGGCUGGAAAGAGGUUUCUGGUCCGGUUGUUUUAAGCCGAGGAUUCAAGAUCUCGAUGCCGAAUUUUGUUUUGCCAGGAGGCGGAAAAGACAGAAAAACCUUGAAACAAAGACGUCAACGGCUAAUAGAAGAAGCCAAAAAGAGGCGAAGGGCCGCUGGCGAAGAAGAGGCUGCUGCCGCCAGUCGUCAAGAACAGGAGCAAGAAAAUGAACAAAAUCACGAAGAAAGUAAUGAAGAUGGUAAUAGAAAUAAGGAUCAGGAUCCCAACUCGACGAAAUCAUCGAAAUCUUCAAAGGAUGGCAAGAAAACGUCGACUCCCGGCGAUAUACCUCCAGGAUUCGAUUUCAAUUCUAAAAACUUUCGAGUGGUGGAAUUCAAGUUUACUAUGAAUCAGAUCCUGUUUGGUGUGUUUGCAGGUGUCAUGGUAUUUUCGUUGCUGUCGUCAGAUGAACAAUUCAGAGAGCUGACUUGGCAAGAUUUCAAGACCCAGUACCUGGAUAAGAGACUUGUUCAGAAACUGACGGUGGUCAAUAACAGUGUGGUUCGUGUGGUGACGACUAAUUUAGUUGCUAAUGGACAACACGAGGUUCUUUAUUUCACAAUUGGAUCAGUAGAAUCGUUUGAACGCCACCUCGAGGAAGCACAAAACGCACUUAAAAUCCCUGCUCAUGAACGAGUUCCUGUUACAUAUACCGAGGAAGGAAGUAUGCUGUCGUCUUUUGCCGGCUUCAUUCCUACUUUCUUGUUAUUAGGAUUUCUAUUAUGGAUGAAUAGACGUGCUAUGGGAGGAGCUAAAGCUGGUGGUGUUGGUGGACCCGGGGGUGGUAUAUUCGGCAUGGGCCAGAGUAGAGCCCAUUUAUACAACUCCAUGACAGAUGUCAAGGUCAAGUUUGAAGAUGUGGCUGGAAUGGACGAGGCUAAAGAGGAGAUUCUGGAAUUUGUCAAGUUUUUGAAGGAUCCUAAGAAAUAUGAAGCUUUAGGUGCUAAGAUUCCUCGUGGAGCUAUUCUUUCUGGAGCUCCCGGUACCGGUAAAACUCUGAUUGCCAAAGCUACAGCUGGAGAAGCAGGAGUUCCCUUUUUCUCUGUUAGUGGUAGUGAGUUCAUUGAAAUGUUUACUGGUGUCGGUGCUAGUAGAGUGCGUGAUCUGUUUAAGAAAGCCAAGGAGGCAUCUCCUAGUAUCAUCUUUAUUGACGAGAUCGAUGCUAUUGGAAAGUCUCGUGGUAAAGCCAACAUGAGAGGAGGUAAUGAUGAGAGAGAAGCUACUCUUAAUCAAUUGUUGGUUGAGAUGGAUGGAUUCGACUCGAAUGAGCAUGUGGUUGUAUUAGCAGGUACAAAUCGUGUUGAUGUUCUUGACAAGGCUCUGUUAAGACCAGGACGAUUCGACCGUCAUAUCAAUAUUGAUGUGCCUAGUUUGGAUGGCCGAAAAGCUAUUUUCGAAGUACAUCUUCAAAAGAUUCGCUAUGACAAGACCAUUACCCAGUUGUCUGGAAAACUGGCAGCCAUGACGCCAGGGUUUGCUGGUGCUGAUAUUGCCAACUGUUGUAAUGAAGCAGCUCUUGUAGCAGCACGUAAGGGAGCUUCGUUGGUGGAAAUGAAGCAUUUCGAGCAAGCUAUUGACCGAGUGAUUGCUGGUUUGGAGCGGAAAUCGCGAGUUUUGCGACCUGACAAGCGUAAGAUUGUCGCAUACCACGAAGCCGGUCAUGCUAUUUGCGGAUGGUUUUUGAAGUAUGCCGACCCUCUUGUCAAAGUAUCGAUCAUUCCUCACGGAUCUGCUGCCCUUGGAUAUGCCCAGUACCUUCCACCCGAUGCUUAUAUCACGACGGAGCAGCAAUUCCAGGACCGAAUGGCCAUGGCUUUAGGAGGCCGAGUGUCUGAAGAGAUUCAUUUUGACUCUGUCACAGUUGGAGCUAGCGACGAUUUCAAGCGAGUCACGGAAAUGGCCAGUGCCAUGGUGACACAAUACGGAAUGUCGAGCGCUGUUGGUCAAGUGUCACUGAGCCGUCAACAGGGUGCUGUUCAGAAACCGUACUCGGAGACGACUGGCACACUCAUUGACAACGAGAUCCGACGCAUCAUUGAGAACGCUCAUAACAGAUGUAAACAGCUGUUGGAGGAGAAGAAAGUGGAAGUAGGACUCGUUGCCGAAGAGCUGUUAUCAAAAGAAGUGCUCGGCAGACAAGACAUGAUCCGCCUGUUGGGACCACGACCGUUCCCCGAACGCAACGACGCCUUCGACAAGUACCUCGCCGACGACUUCCCAGCACCCGACACCGCUAAGAACCCCAAAUCCUCGCCCUCGUCGUCGUCGCCCGAAGCGGGGCUUUCUGCAUAG